AUGGCACGGGACGGUGAUUUGCCGACUAUUUUCAACCCCAAACGAGUCCGCGCUCCUUCUGUAAUUAUAACAAGUGAAGAAGUGGUAGAGAGCGAACGAAGUGUUGGUGAUGGCGAUAGGGACCGUCCGAAUGGCCCUCCACCAACGCCACUGAGUCCGCGGGCUCCACUAACGCCUCAAGCAUCUGUAUGUUCGGCACCUCCAUUAACUACCCAGCCAUCACUGCAGCAAGCAUACAGCGAGUCAGCUGCUAGUAGCCAGGAUGAAGAGCGCCAGUUAAGAGAUAAAAAAUGCCCCAGAUCUUGUUGCUCAAAAUUCGCUAAAAAGAUCUAUUAUGGGAUUUGUGUGACGUUGGUUCUUACAUUAAGUUUGGUGACAUCAACUCACUGCAUAAAGCACAUGUAUUUGGAAGAGUACCCACCUACAAUAAAUGGUUUAGUUUACAGUACAGAGUCUUCUUUAGUUGUCAAUAACUUCACAUCAAGAAUGCUGACACAUCAUCAAUAUAACGCUCCAUUCUUUACGGCGUGGUUUUGCACCAACUGGCUGAUACUGUUCUACCCACUGUACAUGGUUGUAAUGCUGAUACACAAUAAGUGUAAAUCUGCCAAUGAUGUCGUUGUUGAUGCCUUCAGCGAUUUCAAAGAGAAGGGAUUCACGUUUGCACGCUUUAUAAGCCGCUGUGGACUCUUCUGUCUCCUGUGGGUAGUAACCAUUUACAUGUACACCUACUCAUUGAAGAUCCUGCUCUCAACUGAUGUGCUUGCAUUAUUCGCCACCAAUGUCUCAUGUAUAUAUCUUCUCUCUUGGGUGAUAUUGCAUGAACAAUUCGUUGGCGUCAGGAUCGUAGCGACGAUAAUGUGCGACACGGGCAUAGCCCUUCUGGCGUACAUGGAUGGUAUAACAGGGAGCUCCACGCUUGGCGGGGUUGUACUGGCUGCUUUCGCCGCAGCUGGUUUCGCCAUAUUCAAGGUAUUAUUCAGAAAAGUGAUGGGUGAUGUAAACUCCGGUCAACGAGCUCUGUUCUUCUCUAUCCUGGGCGUGGUGAACGCGUCGUUGCUGUGGCCUCUGUGCCUCGCCCUUUACCUCACCGGCUCGGAGAUGCUGCCAUCACACCGCAUGCCAUGGAUAUAUCUCCUAAUCGCUAGCAUUGCGAUGCUCAUUUUUCACCUAGUGUUCCAGUUUGGAAAUGUUAUAACAUAUAAUAUAUUCAUCUCACUCGCUCUUAUUACUGCCGUUCCUGUUUCUGGAGCUCUCGACGUGUUGUUGUAUGGAGUGCAAUUUGAGGGUAUGAAUCUAGCUGGUCUUAUACUGAUCGGCGUUGGCUUCUUUCUGGUCAUGUUCCCCGACAACUGGCCUGACUACAUUAUGAGGCUUUUAAGAUGGAGCCGCAGUCGUCAGCGCGGCAACAACGGCGCGGGGCGCAACCGCGACGCGAUGGACUACCGCACCGGCUACAUACGCUCGCACCUGCGCUCGCCCUCUGGCCGUGUCAGGUGA